CAUGGAAAUCCCUCCAAAGAAACCUCACUUUUUCAAACCCAUUCUACCAGGUUUCAAGAAUGGCCUUAAAAUUCCUAUAGGUUUUUUGAAGUAUCUCAAGGGACAUGAUCAACAUGAACAUGCAAUAUUGACAAGAGGUGGUAAGAAGUGGUUGGUGAAGGCGAACGGGCGGCGAUUAGAGGAGGGUAGUUGGAAAGAGUUUGUAGAGGAACUUAAUUUGAAAUUGGGAGAUGUUUUAGUGUUCAAACAUGAAGGAGAUAUGAAAUUUGAUGUGUCCAUUUUCGAUUCGAGUCAUCAUUGUGACAAAGAGUAUGCAAAGUACGAGGACGAGGAUGAGGAUGAAGAUGAGAAUGUUACUCAUGACAAGCAUUUAAGUCGAUCAUAUUUUGAAUGCACUAUUAGACAAUAUUGCCUUUCGAAAGGUUUCAUGUGGAUUCCAAAACAUUUUGCAGUUGUAAAUGGUUUCCUCAAGGGAAACAAGAAGUAUGGUUUGAUUAUAAUUGAUGAAACACAAACAAAAUUGUGGAACUUAAUGCUAAAGUCUUGCAACACUAAAGUUUAUGUUGCGGAUGGAUGGGGAAAAUUCAGUGCUGAUAAUUGCUUAAAAGAAGGAGAUCGUAUAAUGUUUGAGGUUGUUACUAAUGGAGAGACACCAAUAUGGAGAUCUCGAGUUACUAGUAAUGCAGAAACUCCGAUAAGUAAGUUUCAAGGCAAGGGGUUCUCUAAUAAAGAAGCUGCUAAGGACAUGGAUCUCAGUGACUCUCAUUUCAUUUGUACUAUUAGACCUUAUUGCCUUUCAAAGCAUUUUCUGUGUAUUCCAAAACAAUUCGCAGUAAAAAACAGACUCAACGACAGGAAAUAUAAGAUAAUAGUGAUGGACAAGCAACGAUCAUGGACGUUUAAUGUGUAUACAAACAGCCAAUACACCUACAUUGGAAGUGGAUGGCGCGAAUUCUGCAUUACAAAUUGCUUAAAGGAAGGAGACCGUUUAAUGUUUGAGAUCAUUUCCAAGGGAGAAACACCUAUCUUUAGAAUUCAUGAUUUGAGAGGAAGUUCAUCCCUCCAGACUGAAGUAAAGAAGAAAAAAUCGAAUGCUAAAAGAAAGUUAAUGCCACAAGUAGCUGCUUCAACAUCUGUUGAUGCCAACUCUCAUUUUAUAUCUACUAUUAAACCUUACACCAUUAACAAUCCUGUUUUGUAUCUUCCCCUGGAUUUUGUAAAAUCAAAUGGCUUGAUGAGGAGACGUGAGAUGAUUCUUAUCAAUGAAAAACGAAGAUCAUGGUCAGUGUGGCUAGGGAAAACAGGACAUCACUUUGCAAUUAAAAGGGGAUGGACACAGUUUAGAAAUGCAAAUGGUAUUCAAGUUGGAGAUACUUACAAGUUUGAACUCACCAACAAUGGCACAAUACCUAUAGUUCAUUUCCAUUGUAAAUAUUCUGGGAAUUAAGGAUGCCAAGCCAAUUCACAAG